CGUUAAGUCAGUGAAGCAGAUUAAGAUCAGAUCCCAUUGUAUGGCGCGCUCCAUUUCACUCUUGGACUAAACGUUUCUAUGUGACUGAGGCCGACCAGAGGAUUGUGUUGGCAACUUCGGCCUUAAGCUUACGGUCGGGGAUUUAAAUUUCUGUUCACUGGUGAAAGUUAAAAGAAGGGCAAAAAGUUUAACUAAGAGUAUGGAUAUUAAACCGUUAUAAAUUGUAAACCUUAAAAAUUAUAGACAAAGUAAUAUAAUUCUAAUGGUAAGUAAUGUUAUCGUUGAAAUCAUUUAAAUGUUAAGUUUAUUUACCUUGUAGUUUUUCAUAUUCAUACGAAAUAAAUUCAAUUCCUGUAAUGCAGUGGUUCUCAACCUGUGGAUCGUGACCCCUUUGGAAUUCAAUGACCCUUAAAAAAUUGUUGGCUUAGACCAUCGAAAAACACAUAUUAAUGAUUUAGCAACACAAAUAAUUGUAUGGUUUGGGGGGCACCACAUGAGGAACGGUAUUAAAGGGUCGCGGCACUAGGAAGGUUGAGAACCUCUGAUCUAAUAGAUCAUUGCAAACUAUGAUAAAUGUUUCUCGAAGGCUAAACGAUACCCAAAAUGAGAAUAUUCACAUAAUAACAUUUGCGUCAGUUAAAUCAUUAUAAUUAUUAUAUAUAUCCUGCAUGCUUGCUUGCAGCAGAUUUAUUAUUGUAUAAAAUAAAAUAAAAAGAUAAAACCAAUUGUUCCAUAUCUUUUUAUUCAAAUUCCUUUUUAAUUUCCUAAAUUUUCGUUGAUAAAAAAUUGGAACUAUAAAAGGGUCGUUCCUACUAAUUCAAGUCAAUGGAGUAAGGCAUGAAAUUAGGUCAAUGUUUUCUUGUGUGCGCGUUCGUUUGGUAUACAAUGGUUUUUAAAUAAAAUAACGCAUGUUCUGUUUCUAAACAUCAUUGUUCUCAUUUCUAAAUAAAGCUGUUUUUUUCAAUUGUUGAAAACACAGUCGUAUCUCAUUCGUAGCAUUCUGACAAUGCCACUAAACACCUAAGGUCAAGUUGUUGUUUUUUUUUAACAUACUUACCAUGCACUUAACACGUAGGGACAAGGGCCUUCUGACAUACUGACCUUUCACCCACCACCUAAGGACAAGUGCUUUCUGACAGUCACAGUGAUAGGGCCCAGUUUUCCUACUUAAAAUUUAUAACUCGCACUGAUCAUGUUCAUGGUACUCCAAAUAUACAAAGCUAUUAUGUACCCUAUAAGUUAUCAACAUUCAAGAUCUUAAAUGUACCUCACGCUUUACCAAACAACAGGCUUUUAAUUUGGACUUUGCUAUAAAAGUGUGACGAGUUAUCUGUUCGGUAGGCGCAGACGAGUAUCAUUGAACCAUAGCUGUUAAGUUGAAAUCAUGUGUUUUUUGGUAUGUUAAAGAUUGAUCAGGUCAUUGUUGACACUAACUAAUUCAAUUAUACAGCGGUCAAAGUAUGUAAUUUAUAAAUGUCUUACACUUUUACGUUGUAAUUCGACCGUCGUAGCCAAAGUAUAAGAAAGGUAAUGAAAACAAGUCAAAUCGUCGUUAUUCGUGUGCUAAUAUUUUUCUUGCCACAAACGGUAAGGCUUAUAAAUACUAAACUGAAGCAAAGAAACGUAUUUUACGUCUUAUCAUAAAACCAGUGUCACAAGACUUAUGUAUAAUUUACUAAUAGUUUAUUUAGAAGGAAAUAUAACGCAUUUCACACACUAUUGUUUAAGAAUAUAGCAACAUAUGAUCCUAGAAGAGAAGAAGAAACGUGAUCAUAAAAUCAAGGUAACAAGUGCUAGAGGUUUUCACUGUUUUCCAGGUCUGACUUAGUCACUGCUUGGUUGGUCUGUCUUUUUCACUAUUUUGUUUAUCUAUUGCUUUUUUCCCACUAUUUUGUUUGUCUGUGUUUUUCACCAUUUUGUUGGUCUGUGUUUUUCACCAUUUUGUUGGUCUGUCUUUUUCAAUAUUUUGUUGGUCUGCCUUUUCCACUAUUUGUUGGUCUGAACUUUUCACUGUUUUAGUGGACAGACUUUUUCAAGAAAUUAUUUCGCAUUUUUCAUAUCAGACAUCAAUGCAAAACUUUGAUCUUUCGUAUCAGAGAUCAAAGCAAAACUUUGAUCUUGAAGAUUGGUGUCAGAACAUGAUAAGUUUAAAGAACAAGUCUGGGACGCCUGUCAUAAGCUUGUAAAACAUUGGAGUGCGUAUGAUUCAAUAGGAAAUUUAAAAAAUACAACAAAUAGUCAUAGCCUUAUUUCCUUUUUGAUUUAUCGCACGAACUGGACCGAGCACCACCAAGGCUGCUUAACUUUGCUCAGAAACCAUGAGCGUCGGGAAAUUAGUUUCUGAUUUUCACAGAUUUUCAAAUUGUGCAUUACUUUAUUUUCGAUUUCACUACUAUAACUGCAUUAGCAGUAUGUACUGUUACAGCAGAAAGUGUUACUUGUCAUUGUAAUUCUAAGCCAUCACGAUGGUUUUCUUUUGAAAGGCUAUAUAGCAGUCUACAUAACUUAAAUCUUGAAUGAGAUGAAUUAUUUACAGUGCGAGAUAUGUUGGCGAAAAACAUUAAGUGUAGGCCUACUAACUGCCUAUUACCUGGCCACUACCUGCCCACUACCUGCCAACUACCUGCCCACUACCCGCCCACUACCUUCCCACUAACUGCCCACUACCUGCCCACUACCUGUCUACUACCUGGCCAUUACCUUCCUACUACCUGCAUACUACUUGCUUUGAGAACAGCACAAGACUAUUCUUGAGAUAGGUGAAGAUUAAACUUGCUAAAAUGCUCUAUCUAUUGUUUCAGUUUAUGAGUUGACAAUAAAUCGAAGGUUCUUGAAUAAACUCGCUAACCAAAUGUAAAUGUUUGAGUUCUUGCUUUUUACUUUAUUUUAAUAAAAGUGAAGUAUAAAAAUGUAUAUAAAGUUGAUACGUUAUUUUCAUUUGGAAUUAUGGAUAUCAAUGUUGCUCUACGGAUUAAAAAAUUCUAAAAAAAAGGUGAAGUGCUUUCAAGUGGUAUCGUGUGGGCUAAUGCGUCCUUCUAACUGCCUGUCGGGAGACUUUGCUUUGCAUUCAUCGGAAAUGUGCUGUUUCCAUCAUCUUGACAUAUCGUCUAUAGACACGAAGAAUGUGGCGCUAUUGAUACGCCAACGGCGUGGCUAUUGAUACUGCGACCGCGUGGCUAUUGAUAAGGGUACGUGUUGGGAAAAACUAACGCGAUGUUGUGAGUUUCUGGCUCCGUUUCAUGGCUCUGUUGUCAUUGACAACGGCGUGACGGCCAUCAUCAUGGCGCCGAGCUGCUGCCAACACUUCCGGUAGCAACAAAGCGUGUUGAUGAAAAUGACGGCAGUAAAAUUCUAUUUUUAUUUUGUCACAAUGAUUUGUCCAAAUAUUAUGUGUGCCAUAAAAUAUCCGAGUGGCAAUAAAUAAUUAAAGUACUUUUUAAUGUUGCAAUUAAUUCUUCACUCACCUUAAAUCCAAAGAUUUACUUCAUCAAUUCCUUGCAAGGAGCUUAAAAGAAUAUUUCACAGAGAUGUUAUUUUUAAUUUCAAAUUUAAUCAUUGUAUAUCUUGUUUGUUUUAACAUUUGCCUUCUGUACUACUAUUAGUCCCAAAUAUUACUAUCUAAUACAAUUACUACUUUGUCCAAAGAAUUUUAGAUUGACUAAUUUAUAUUUUAUUUUUCAUCAAGCUACAUAUUUAUGAAAUAUUUUAUUUUUUAUUUAUUUUUAUUAUUUUUUUUUUGUUCGUAGUGGAAAAUAUUAAUUGUAAUCAAACAUUUUGCAAUCCUUACAGCAUUUCUGCAAAGUAAUAAUGAAAACUCUGGGGAAAAAAAUUUAUUAAAGACAUGUCCUCUGCAUUAUAGCAUUUGGAGACCCUGACAAAAAGGUCAUGUUGUAAUAGCACGUACUGUUUGGCACCGAUAACAAUUAAUAUUUUGAAGUAUGUGAUUUUUAAUCAUAACUUUCAUUCAGCGACGUAUGCAGAUAUAUUUUCUAAUGGAAAAAUUGUUUUAAAACUUCAUUUGUGAAUCCCUAGAAUAUUAUUUUAGGAAAAGACGCCUACAGAAACAUUAAUGACAAUGCCAAACACUAUAUUCUUUCAUUAGUUUACACGGAAUAAAAGAUUAGUGGGAAUGAUAGCCUUACCAAAGUGUACACUGACUUAUUCAAGGAACCAGUAAUUGAAGAUUAGACUAGCUUCAUGUGUGUCAUUAUGGAGUGUUAUAACAUGGUCUGUCUUAUAAGGAAGUAAUAAGAUCUGUAGCACGUCAUGUCGAUCAAAUAAUAUUGGACUCGAGUGUGUGUUAUUGUACAUAUACUGUACAAAUAAAUACAACUAUCUUUCAUUUUGGUUACGUACACACAUAUACACUUGUAAACUGUUGUAAUUAGAUAUCGGUAAUGCUGUGAAGGGUAUUGUGUGGUCGGCUGGACGUAUCUUAUCAAAUCUAAACCGUUCAAUAGUGAUUGGAGUUGUUCAAGAGAAAAAUUGACAAAACAGCACAAUCUUUAAAUGUCAGUUAUUUUGUUAAUAAGAUCACCGUUACUGUAAUUAGUACUGUAGCAUUCUUGACUCUAUUAAAGGCAUUUUUUUCUCAGGUAACUUUUACUCUCUCUCCCUCUCUAUAGAAGUCUACUCAUCCAUUUUAUGAAAUGUUAAACAACCCCUUACACAAAGUUUUUCUCAUAAUUCCUUCAUAAGAAAUCAUUUAGAUAAAUGGGCUGAAAGUUGACAGAACAUAAACACAAGUAGCGCACUUUAUAAAAAUCCCAAUUAAUACCUCCCUUCCAGGCCCGCACAGCCGCAUAUUUUUUCACGCAGCUGAACUGAUAUUAAUAUUCGAAUGACCCGCCCGCUUUUACAUCGCUUGUUUAUUUCGACAUUUCAGAAAAGCAAAAUAAAAUAUUACGCACCAAACGCGUAACAAAACCAAAGGAAAUAUUCCUUCAUGUUCUGCUUGAGAAAUAGGACAAACUUAUUUUUUUUUUUGGGGGGGGGGGGGGGGGGGUGGGGUUGAGGUUGGGAGUGGAGCUGUAAAUUUGAAGGAAUGUGUUGACAUCAGCAACGAAUUUACGUGCCAAGGUUCAUCUCGAUGGAUUGAUGGGAAUUAGGGAAGAUUUUGUGAGUCCGCUACCCAGCCAACCAGACAGUUACGAACAAAAGCGAAAUUAAGAAAAAGGAUCUUAAAAAAAAAAUUACAGCUUUGAAAAAUAACGUGAGAUUUCUUCUAUGACUGAUCUUGGAGUAGCAGUCUGCCUGAUCUUGGAGUAGCAGUCUGCCUGAUCUUGGAGUAGCAGUCUGCCUGAUCUUGGAGUCGCAGUCUGGGCUGGUCUUUUUUCAUGGCUUUUCUUUUGGUUUUCUUUGGCCUAUACUUUGUCUUUUCUUUUGGCGUUCUUUUGGCUUAUGUUUUGGCUUAUCUUUUGUCUUUUCUUUUGGCUUAUCUUUUGGCUUAUCUUUUGGCUUAUCUUGUGGCCUAUCUUUUGUCUUUUCUUUUGGCUUAUCUUUUGGAUUACCCUCUGGCUUAUCUUUUGGCCUAUAUUUUGUCUUUUCUUUUGGCGUUCUUUUGGCUUAUCUUUUGGCUUAUCUUUUGGCUUACUUUUGGCUUAUCUUUUGGCUUAUCUUUUGGCUUAUCUUUUGGAUUACCCUCUGGCUUUUCUUUUGGCCUAUAUUUUGUCUUUUCUUUUGGCGUUCUUUUGACUUAUCUUUUUGCUUAUCUUUUGUCUUUUCUUUUGGCUUAUCUUUUGGCUUAUCUUUUGGCUUAUCUUUUGUCUUUUCUUUUGGCUUAUCUUUUGUAUUACCCUCUGGCUUUUCUUUUGGCUUAUCUUUUGGUUUUUCUUUUUUUGGCUUAUCAUUUUGGCUUAUCAUUUUGGCCCUUCUUUUGGCUUUCUCGUGGCUUUUCUUUUGUUUGUUCAUUCCGUUUGACCUGUCUUUGUGGUUUUCUAUGAGCACAACUUUUUACGCAACCUCUGCUUAUUUUAUUUUUUAAUUAGACACCCUCCCCCCCACUUCUCCACCAGACAGAAUCGCUAUCAACAAUUAUCUCGAAUCAGCUUAUUUUGAUGUUGAUGUCUCUCUUACACAGGUCGUUGAAGUGCAGUCGCAGCCACCGUUCAAUUGUUUCGUCUCCCAUAGAAAUACGACCAGUUUCCAUCUUUCAAUGUCCUGCCAGCAAUACUCCACUUGCUCAGAAGUCCAUUAAAUGUUUAAAUACUUAAGAACCCACCAGUAGCACCUGUCCGCAUUCCACCAUAUGUUUAAAGUUUAUCAUUGAUUAAAUUGAUUGACUUGUGUCCAUGGCAGUGUGAUGAUCUCAGUGAAAAAGCUGUCAUAAACAGCGAUUUUAUUUCAGAUUAACUUUUUCAUACGUUUUCUUUCGAACUAGUGUCAAGUUAACCCGUUGAAUAUUAUUGACUUAACACUUAUUUAGGUAUAUAUAUCUAUAUAUAUAUAUAUAUAUAUCUAUAUAUAUAUAUAUAUAUAUAUAUAUAUAUAUAUAUAUAUAUAUAUAUAUAUAUAUAUAUAUAUAUAUAUAUAUAUAUAUAUAUAUAUCUAUAUAUAUAUAUAUAUAAAUGGAAACAUCUUUUAAGGAGCUAUAUUAUUGACUUUUCAAAGGACAACGUAUUUUCUCUACUGUUACACGUUUCUGCUUCUAGCACCGAGAUAUAUUACGAACUUCUUUGUCAUGUACUUCAAUGAAUAUUUCUCAAUGUAUACCUUUCCAUUGUUAAUAAGAUGCCCUGGAGGUUUAGGACAAGUUCUCUUGCCUUUCAAUCAAUGGUUGUAAAAAAUAUGCUUGUUUUUUUUUUAAAGAGCCUUGGGCGUGAACACGUGGAAUAAAAGAUAAAGAUGUAUACAAGAACAACGCCACAAUGCCGACCAUGCGUGAUACGACAAGCGGUCACGCAUGAGUGGUUAUCGAUGCGGACCUAAUAAUGAGGUUGCUAAGUGCUCAACACUCUGAGAAAUAACGUCACUUAACCGACCUCUCCGUUUUUUGUGUGUUUUUUUCGACAUGUCCAUCGCCCAUGGGUAUCGUAUCAACAUGUUUUUUUAACAAUUCAUACAAGGCCCAGAUGGCAUGGAGAAUAUGUUAAAAUGUAUGUUAAAUAUGUUACUUCCAUCCAACAACGCAUCCAACGUAUAUAAUUCAAACUUUUGAACAGUGCUGCUGCUCAUCAAUAGAAGCCGUUGAAAAGUUUAAAGAAAUAAAAUUCAUCUUUGUUUUAACGAUUUUGCACUGUCUCUAACUGUGUUGUAUAUUUCGUGGCAAAAGCUCUCAAUGUUAAUGUGUUGCCUUGGUAGCGAGUAUUAUUUCUGGAAAAAAGAAAUUUCAUUUAAUAUAAAAAACACAGAGUACCUCGGAAAAAUAUAGAUUAUUUUACUAAUUUAAUAAUCCAUCUUUUUAUUCAUUAUCCUUGUUUAUAUGAGAAUUAAUCUUAUGUAAAUAUUAAAAAUAAAUAAUAAUAAUAAUAAUAAAGUUUAUUUGAAAAACACGCUUCAUCCCCAAAAGCUCGAAGCGCGGUACAAAGUCAAUCGUAUUAAAAAGGGAAAUAAAAACAAUCUAAAAUUUACCACAUAUAAAAACAGACGUAACAAUAUAAAAACUACAUACGAGCAUACCAAGUCAAAGUCUUUCAUCCCGUUUCAACCAUAAGCAACACAAGCCAAUAUACAUUAACUGAAAAAAGAUGGUUAGAUAGCAUCACCCCAGAAGGUGGUUUCGAAAUAGAUGCGUUUUUAAAUCGGUUUUAAAGGACUACAGUGUCUGGCUGUUUCUGAGAGUGACUGGAAGUGCGUUCCAAAUUGUUGGGUCGGCAAAUGCAAAAGUGCGCUUUCCGUAAGUCUCAAGUCGAACACACGGUAUCAAUAUUUUUCCACGAUCGCAUGAGCGGAGCUCUCUAGUGGGUACAUAUUAGAUACAUGUUGAAUGAAAAAAGUGUAUUUUUUCUUAAAUUCAGAACUUUCCUCUGUUUUCAAUUUUCACCUAAUGACGUCUCAUCACUUUCAACUAUAUAUUAUUGUUAUUAGUGGUUUUAUAUAAUACGUUACCCCCGCCUAGUGCUGGGCUCACCACGCUGUACAUACAAUAUAACAAAUAUAAUCAUGAACUUAAAAAUUAACAUACAUUAAUCAAAUAAAACAAAACAAUGUAUAUUUGCUCUACCCAUUCCAGAACUAUUGACAUGUCAAGCCAUGGACGGCACCCAGCAGCAUUGUUUAUCUCUUAUCUGCAACACAUGCUUUCAAAAUAAGUCUUUCUUAUCAUCACAUCUAGAUUUGUCAUGAAGAAAUCAUUGAACAUAACGAGUCAAGUGUUCGCUUUAACUAUGCCCCUUUCUUUAUCUAGUAUCAGGUAAGGGAAUUUAGAGAUUUAAAUGAUUCAAACAAGAAAUGACCAUGGCUCUUUCUUUUUCUUAAUUUCGCCCCCACCCCCAGUAAAUAGAGUGUUUUAUUUAUGGAUUCCUGAAUAUAUGGGCAUGAUUGCUAUAUCCACUCUAAAAAUAGCCUGGGCAUGAUUGCUAUGUCCACUCUACAAAUAGCAUGGGCAUGAUUGUUAAGGCUAUGUCCAAACUACCAAUAUCCUUAGCAUGAUUGCUAUGUCCAGUCGACCAAUAGCCUGGGCAUGAUUGGUCUGUCUACUCUACCAAUAGCCUGGGCAUGAUUGCUAUGUCCAAUCUACCAAUAGCCUGGGCAUGAUUGCUAUGUAUAAUCUUCUAAUAGCCUGGGCAUGAUUGCUAUGUCUAAUCUUCCCAUAGCCUGGACAUGAUUGCUCUAUAUAAUCUUCCAAUAGCCUGGGCAUGAUUGCUAUGCCCAAUCUACCAAUAGCCAUGGCAUGAUUGUUAUGUCUAAUCUGCCAAUAGCCUAGGCAUGAUUGCUAUGUGCACUCUACCAAUAGCCUGGGCAUGAUUGCUCUGUUCGUGGUACCAAUAUUUUAUACUUUUCCUAUUUUGUAAUGAUUCAAAAAUAAUACAAUACUUGGUACAUUGUCUUGAAUAGAAAUGUGUCAUAUAAACAUUUGAAACCAUUAAUAUUACUCUAUCAAUUGGGUAAGUGUGCCACGUGAUCACACACAAAUUGACGUCUGUACCUUGGCUGACGUAUACCGAAUAGUUUCAACGAAUUCACUGCAGGCUGGGCGGGCAGUUAACAAUUGAGAACCUCUAUUCAGGCCAUCUUCAUAGGUCUGGAACGUACUCGAGUCUUGAUGCUUGUUGGCCGAGAAUCUCAUAGGAUCAUUAUGCCAUUUAUGGCGUUCUUAACCUUCUUAAUGGAUGGAUUUCAAGAUGUCUCUUGUGUCACUAGGAGUGGUGACGAAGUGAGGUUUAUUUCAGGAUGUUAUCGUUACUUACAUUUUUAGUCUGGUUAUUUAAAAAAUGUCUUACACGCGAUUGCCACAAAGGCGUAUUGCACCAGCCGAUGAAUUGAAUGAGAUUAUAACACCCCCACACAGCCCCUUACCCACACACAAGCACAACUAUCCAUUCUAUAUAUUCAGCAUGACAGAAGCCAACUGGGCUGAAGUGACCUCAUUAGAUUUAGCUAACCCCCAAGCACUUUAACUCAAAGAAAGGGUAUGAACAUUUCAUUUCAACACGUUUGAAAAGAUUCAUUCGACUUAUGCGUCUAGGCAAACACUGCUUUAAUUUACGCCAAUGUGUAUAAUACUGCAGGACAUAUUCUUAAAAAUAUUCCCUAUUUGCAUGUGGCCAUAUAUUGAUCUGACUGACUUUCCUAUCAUUUCCUUUUCUUCUUCUUCUAUAUUUUGAGGGCCCACGAUCUGUGGAUUGCUAACAUAGUUCUCAAAUGUGUUUUCUCGAAUCUGUUGAAAUGCGUGUAUUAAUAUUUAACUCGCAUAUUCAUCACUUUCUCAAUAAGAUCCACUGCGUUUAAGCUAAAAUUCCGUAUAAUCCCCACCCUUCCCCCUUCAUUAACAACAAAAGUUUCACUUCUUCGGGUGGGGUACACACGGGGACAGCGUAAGAGCCCCUGAGCCGGAACGGUUUCUUAUCAAUCCUUUCAAUGGUGAUCACAUAGCGUGUUUCCUCUAGUGGAAGUGGUCCGUGCGAUUGUUCAGAUUACAUUGACGGGGGUCCAUUAAUCUCUAUAAAUUGUCAAGCGUUGUCCUGGCAGAGAAUACAGUUAGAUAUUGUGUACAUGCAUGAAUGUUUGAUAUCAUUGCAAUCUUGUUUGCAUUCAAUAAAAAGUUUAAUCUUUUUUUUUUCUAUAUCGUUUUAACUAAACAUUUCGUUCUUUCCCCUUCAUAUAUUAUCAUUGGCUUCAAAUCAUUUAAAAAAAAAUUGUACUCGGAUAACAAGAUGCUUUGAAUUCAAGGCUUUAUGUUAAAACGUUUCUUAAAUAUUAUUAUGAAACUAAGAUUAAAUUGCUUUUCACCUCCGUCGCUUACUUCAAUGAUUGACUUUUAUUAGAUUGAAUUUUAUAAGAUUGAUGUUUAUAAGAUUGAGUUUCAUAAGAUUUACCUUUAUGAGAUUGGCUUUUGAAGCAUUGAUUUUUAUAAGAUUGAUUUUUAUAAGAUUGACUUGUAAAAGCUUGGCUUUGUCUUAACGAUGCAGUCCAGCUGGUUACAGUAAUACUUUGAAAAAUAAGGGUAUGUGAAACAACUAGAAUGACUUACGAAACACUGCCAAUGCAAUGUACGUUAGUGUUUCAAAUUCUCUAAUUUGCCACCCAACGGUAGGACAAACUGACACGAAGAAGAGUGAGACUAACUAUUAGCCAUCGAAAUUAAAUAGAGCUUAGUUUGUUGUUUUUUUAAAUCUGCAAACCAAUACACGGGAGGGCAUACAUAGACGUGAGGUCAUACAUAGAGGUGAUGUCAUACAUAGACGUGAGGUCAUACAUAGACGUGAAGUCAUACAAAGACGUGAGGUCAUACAUAGACGUGAGGUCAUACAUAGACGUGAGGUCAUACAUAGACGUGAGGUCAUACAUAGACGUGAGGUCAUACAUAGACGUGAGGUCAUACAUAGACGUGAGGUCGUACAUUUUCAUGUUCGGCCCGUGAUGUCCUCACACAGGCCAGACUAGCCUCGCCUCUGCACCUUGAUUCAUAAGAUAGGCUACACUAGCUUCUCAUCUGUACUUUAAUUCAUAACAUAGGCUACACUAGCUUCUCAUCUGUACUUUAAUUCAUAACAUAGGCUACACUAGCCUCGCCUCUGUACCUUAAUUCAUAACAUAGGCUACACUAGCUUCGCCUCUGUACCUUAAUUCAUAACAUAGGCUAAACUAGCCUAACCUCAGCCCGUCAGAUCAUAACAUAGGGUAAACUAGCCUUACCUCAGCAUGUAAAACUUAACAUGGGCUACGCUUGCCUUACCUCAGCCUGUCAGAUCAUAACAUAGGCUAAACUAGCCUUAUAUCAGCGUGUGAGAUCAUAACCAAUUAUUCCACUUGUCCUCGUAUUGUUGUAUUGACCUAAGUGCCUUUCAGCGCAUUAACUUGCCUGAGGUUUCCCCCAAGUUCCCCUAGCUGUCAGAACUGAGCAUAUUCUACUGUUUAAAAUUUAAUAACCCUUUCAAAAAUUCAAGCCACGUCGACGCACCAAGUGUCUGCUCGUGUGUUAUGGUUCUUGGGCCCUUGGUAACCAAGAUCUACGCCGUGGGUAAAUCCCGUGCCAUGGCGUUGAUACUCUCUACGCCGUUUGGUCUUCAGCUUUAUAUUUACUUUUCGGGUUUCGUCUAAGAGGUUUUAAAGUUAGACUUUUUAUUAAUUCACUACCUUUAGGCUAAAUUAUUAGCUAAUUUUUUUAAUCACAUCUUCUUUUCGACUUCACUAUUUUCAUAACGUCUUAUAUUUAGCCCGACAAAUUAUAAAGUCGCAGUGUAACAUUCAUAGAACCCUUUCCACAUCUUUUUUUUUAAUCCACAACUAUUUUCGAGAUUUUUUAUCCAGCAUUAACAUUUCAUUUUAAGUUUCAGUAUCAUUGUUAACAAAAAUUAAAAGUUUAUUUGAUAAAAAAAAAAAUUCUUUGAGAAUCUCAUAAUGGUUACUCUAUUGAAGCAAAGCAGUCUUUAAAAGAUUUUAUAUUUUGUCAUGAUUAUUUUUUGCAUCAUUCGCAGCUUAACCCAAUCAGUUUCUCCUCAAGAGCUGUAAGUAAAAUGAUAGUCCGGUGACAUGACGUGGAAAGUCCGGUGACUAAAAGUGAACAUUCCGGUUUUUUACAGUGGACGUUUCAGUGACUUAAUUUGACCAAUCAAAGUCUUGCAGAUAGAAGAUUUACCCAUUUAACCAUUUGUUCUGUUUCUAGGGUAUAUUCUAGAUACGCACCUUAAAAAUACAAGAAAAAUUUAAAUAAUUGCUGAUGAUCAUUCUAGAGGAGAUUGCAUUUGUUUGAUUGUUUUUAAACAGACAAACACAAUCUUUUGAGCAGAAAAAAUGUUGCAUUACUUAGUCUUUGUGGGAAAUAUCUUAUGAACUAUUGGAUCUUUUUAACAUGUAAACUCUUUUCUUUUCUAGUAUCUGAAGGCCUACAAUUGGUAAUCCACUAUUAUUAUGUUUAAUUAUAAGCUUCUAGCUUGAGAUCAUAAGAAAUAAUUUACAAGAACUGAAAAGCCCCAUUUAAUUUUAAUGGUAGUGCGUUCACAUAAUAUUCAUUUUUUGUGUAUUAGACCGUAUGAGUGUCUUGAGUGUAGUGUUCGCUCUGUGAAUGUUGUCAUUGAAAAGUUUGACCGAGACACGCUGACCCAUUGUUGCAAACCUGCUCUUGUAGCUCACUUGUUUUACUUAUGCCGCAAAAUGGGGUCACACCUGGUAACCCCUAGGGCCCUAGGGCUGGACGAUAAAGACGUGACAUAUUAUACACAUUAGUACGUGUGAGCCAACCACAGGUCAAUGCGGACUUGAAAAGGUGGGAGGGGGGGAAGAAUGAUUGUAUGUUAUUCAGCCUGAAACCUUUAGGAAUGAAUCUAUAUCUAUUUGGUGUGCGUGUGAUUUGGCGUGGGGGGGGGGGGUGGGUGUAAAAAUCAGUAUAAGAUUUUGUCAUUUCCAGUCCAAGUAGUUUUAAGUAAAUGAAAUAAACUCAGUUUUAGCUUUAGGUGCAUAAAUAUCAUUAUAUCAAGUGUAUCGUUAUAUCAAGUAUAGCAUCAUAUCAAGAAUAUCAUUAUAUCCAGUAUAUCAUUAUAUAAAGUAUAUCAUUAUAUAAAGUAUAUCAUUAUACCAAGUAUAUCAUUAUAUCAAGUAUAUUAUAAUAUUAAUUAUAUCAUUAUAUCCAGUAUAUCAUUAUGUCAAGUAUAUCAUUAUAUCAAGUUAUCAUUAUAUCAAGUAUAUCAUUAUAUCAAGUAUAUCAUUAUAUCAAGUAUAUCAUUAUAUCAAGUAUAUCAUUAUAUCAUUAUAUCAAGAAUAUCAGUAUAUCAUUAUACCAAGUAUAUCAUUAUAUCAAGUGUAUCAUUAUAUCAAGUAUAUCAUUAUAUCAUUAUAUCAAGUAUAUCAUUAUAUCAUUAUAUCAAGUAUAUCAUUAUAUCAAGUAUAUCAUUUUAUCAUUAUAUCAAGUAUAUCAUUAUAUCAAGUAUAUCAUUAUAUCAAGAAUAUAAUUAUAUCAGGUAUAUCAUUAUAUCAAUUAUAUCAUUAUAUCUAGUAUAUCAUUAUAUCGAGUUUAUCAUUAAAUCAAGUUAUCAUUAUAUAAAGUAUAAUAUUUUAUCAAGUUUAUCAUUCUAUCAAAUAUAUCAUCAUAUCAAGUAUAUCAUCAUAUCAAGUAUAUCAUCAUAUCAAGUAUAUCAUUAUAUCAAGCUAAUUAAGAAUAAAGCUUAAAUUGAAGAUAUGUCAAAAUGUUCCUCUGUCAGAUUGAUUUGUAUUUUCUUCUGGAACAAACAAUUGAAAAUUUCAGCUUAGUUUGAGGAUCAUUGGUUUAUUUUUUUAUCAUCCAAUCUUUGCUUUAUUGUGUAGAUUAUUGAUCAAAGGAAGUCUCACAAUAAUUAGUAUAAGUUUCGUAAAUAUUAUUCUAGCUAUAAAUCUAUCUGCUUUUCACUUUAACAUUACCUAAAAUCGAUUGUUUUAAAAGCUUCGCCCAUACAGAUAAAAGGAGUUCGUGGUCUAACAAUAGUUCGGGCGAAAUCAGAUAAAUUGUCUCCCGUUCUAACCGACCGGAGUUGAUGCAUCGUAAAUAGCAUUUCUUGUAGCAAACGUCAGCAUUAUUGAAUAUUGGGAUGAACAUCGAUUUCAUCUUAUGUCCGUCAACAGCCCGAAAACCCGGUGGCUGACCGGCUCAACUUCCGGCAUUCAGAAAUCAAGAAAUCUUUUAAUUUAAUAUGAAUUCAGUUGUAAGAAAUCGAUCAGUCCCUGUGAAUUCUGAUUAUAUUCGCCUUCUGCGAUAAAUUUUGGGUGAAACUGAGAAGGGUGGAAAGAAGUAAGGGAUUGGUAAAAGGUUGGUUUUUUGUUUUUUUAAUAGCCGACAGUAAGAUAGAUGUGAAAGAUAGAUCUGAAAUAUAGAUCAGUAAAACAUAGAUCAGAAAUAUAUAUAGAUAAUAAAGGUAUAACAGAAGAACAAGCUGUAGCUUCAAGACGCUUACAUUUAUUUCUGUAACAUGUAUGUAUAAGCUAAUUAUAAAUAUGGAACUGAAGGCAAGAUAAAAUGUUUCAGUUUGCAAGUUUUUAUAAAUGAAGACAUAAGUUUCAAUACACGUACUCCGUAAUGUACAGUCUUCCCAAUGGCGUUGCCACAAUGUCCCUAAAAGACUUUUAAAAACACCUAUGGUAUCCAGGUUAACUGUUAUUUAAGAAUUGUUAACAAAUGCCUUUAAAUUAAUGCCAAAGUUAUCGCGGCUUAUUAAAAGUUAAAUAUAUAUAUAUAUAUAUAUAUAUAUAUAUUUAAACAGUUACUUCUUUUUUUAAUCAACAGAUUUAAAGUACGCUAAAACAUACAGUACAUGUGUUUAACAUCCGACGUUUUCCUUGGAUAUCACUACGUCUACUACUCUAUAGACUAGUAGAGCAUUUAGCCGGAGUUUUCAUCUGUACAAUCAGGUACCUGGCCCCGCCUGUGUUACACGUGGCGCAACUGUGUAUGGUACGAUGAAUUUCAGAGGGUAAUACGUUUGUUCCACACUCUGUCACUCAACAUCAGAAAAUACUUCAGGUCAUCACAACCUUUGAUUCCAUUAACCAACCAAAGACGGACACUGGCGAAAUGUAAUCGUUAAAAGAGUUAAACUUUAUUUGCACAAGGAAAAAUUUGUUCCAGGAAGAAAGGAAGAAGUGUUUGUUGAAGGUUACGUUGACAUAUUCUUGAGAAAAGGACUCAUUGGACAGCAUGCCUAAGACAAAAGGUAAGACAAAAACUGUAUUUUUUUUCUUUAAUCCUUAACUUGAAUGUCUUUGUUUGGAUGUACCUAUGCUCGUGAAGUGUUUAUGUUCUUAUACAAAUAUGACGUAUUUAUGGCCAGGUAGAUGUGUCUCCUACAGGGGUCAAUGAAAAGUUGAAAGUAUUCGAUUAUUGCUAGAUACAAAAACACACUGAUAUAUCUCUACACAUACAUGUCAUUGGAUGAAGAGACCAAAAUAGACUUUGUGAUGUCAUUCUUCCUCAUAUUAAUAAUUAGAAUGAUUGAAGGUAUGCCUUAAGUGUCAAAAAAAUGAGUCGGUGUUACUGCAAAAUGUUCUUUACCUGAGAAGAAUGUGGCUCUGAGGUUAAUAAACAUGUGACUUGGAGUUUAACAAAAUGUAAGUCGGAGUUUAACAAAAAUUUGACUAGCACUUUAACAAAAAUGUAAAUGUUUUACGGCAUGGAAAAAAAAAUUAAUAAAUUUGACCUUUUAUGUUUAAAUAUUGCUGUCACUUUCCUAUAUACAGAUUGAAACUUCAGUCAACAACUUACUCUCAAUCAUUCAAUUUUAAAAUUCUGUAUGUGAAUGCAAACAUUAAAAAUAUAUAUUUGUACACAUAAAAGGGAAGAUAUUAAUUAACGUAGAAGAUUUAAAGUAAUAAAACUGCAAAAUAUCCAAGUUUAGUUCCAUCCCACGAGCGUUUCAUUAAGAGGUGAUUUGUUGCUCGUCAUUAUCCAACACUUGAGUAAGUCAUCUUUAACGAGGCAACUUCAAGGGCGAAGUUCUCACGCUAGUUGUUCAUUGUUUAUUAAUCUGACCACCGACAAGUAACCUUGAACUUAACAGACACUAUUGGAAGAAAAAAUAGCUGAUCUGAACUCCGUACCCAGAUGUUGAUUCUAUCUCUUCUUACAAGAUUCUAUUACAGGAUACAUUGUUUAUCAUUUAGGUCUAGAACUAAGUUCCGACAUGAUUGAAUUAAAUGUAAUCAAUUCAGCUUUUUGCAAGAAUUCAUAUUACUUAAUAAUACGACUUAACACUUAUAUGUGUUAUUAAAUCUGCUACUUUCCGAGAAAGUGUUAUACCCGCUAGAAUUCCGUAUUUCCUGAACUCAGCAAGACCUAGUAACAACAGCUAAAAUAACAACACGAUAUAUACGACGAAAACACCUGGAGCUUCUGAGCUGUCAAUCAAUAUUACAAGUGACGUUUUCUUAAAGUGCAUGACCAAAACAAUGGACUUUGAAAUCGAUGAGGUGCACGUGCUGUAAACAAGAAGACAGAAGGGGGCUAUAAUGGAAACUAAAAUAUUAAUUUUUUUUUUUUUUAAACAGAAACAAUGAUUCAAGGUAUAAACACAAUCUAAUCUAAAUCUACUAGACAAAAGUCCACAUCAUGCAAGGCAUAAAACUAUUUAAUCUAAAUCUCUUAGCCUACAUUCCAAAUCAUGCAAGGUAUAAACACAAUCUAAUCUAUAUCUACUAGACUUAAGUCCACAUCAUGCAAGGUAUAAAACUAUUUAAUCUAAAUCUCUUAGCCUACAUUCGAAAUCAUGCAAGGUAUAAGCACAAUCUAAUCUAUAUCUACUAGACUUAAGUCCACAUCAUGCAAGGCAUAAAACUAUUUAAUCUAAAUCUCUUAGCCUACAUUCGUAAUCAUGCAAGGUAUAAGCACAAUCUAAUCUAUAUCUACUAGACAAAAGUCCACAUCAUGCAAGGCAUAAAACUAUUUAAUCUUAACCUCUUAGCCUACAUUCGUAAUCAUGCAAGGUAUAAGCACAAUCUAAUCUAUAUCUACUAGACUAAAGUCCACAUCAUCCAAGGUAUACAACUAUUUAAUCUGAAUCUCUUAGCCUACAUUCGUAAUCAUGCAAGGUAUAAGCACAAUCUAAUCUAUAUCUACUAGACUAAAGUCCACAUCAUCCAAGGUAUACAACUAUUUAAUCUGAAUCUCUUAGCCUACAUUCGUAAUCAUGCAAGGUAUAAGCACAAUCUAAUCUAUAUCUACUAGACUAAAGUCCACAUCAUCCAAGGUAUACAACUAUUUAAUCUAAAUCUUUUAGCCUACAUUCCAAAUCCUGCAAGGUGUAAGCACAAUCUAAUCUGUAUCUACUAGACCACAGUCCACAUCAUGAAGUGUAUAAACACACUCUUAAUAUAUAUCUAAUAUCCUACAGUCUACAUCAAGAUAACCGACUGAUAUGAUGUUUGACAAUUAUUAGAUCGCAAAACUCUUUUGCUAUAACUAUAAGCGUAUUAAAGCCAAUACACAGGAUACCAACAGAAACUGCAUUCUUUUUUCUUUUUUUUUUGAGAAUAUAACGAAAUUGGAUAUUUAAAUAGUUGGGUAUUUAUAUAAUUCAUAUUCUGAUCCCAUUUAUUUUAUGAAAGAAAAUUCGACUGUGUUGGAAAUUUCAAACUCGUGUGACGUAGUAGGUCAGUAGCAGUUGAUGUAUUUUUUUUAGCUUACUUUGUAUGCAAUUUGGAAAAAAAUAUUAUUACCAAGAGAUGACAUUGGCACAGAGAAAGACAGUGAUAACAAACUGCGGCAUUUAUUACAAAACAUGGCAUUGAUAACAAAACAAGUUUUCGAUAACAAAACUGCAUUUACCAAACAAGAUAUUGAUAACAAUACUAGAUAGCGAUAACAAAAAUCAUAUAUUGAUAAAAACAUGAUAUUGAUAAAAACAAAAAAAAAAGACUUUGAGAACAAAAACGACAAUUUGAUACCAAAAAAAAGAAGAAAAAAAAGGAUUUUGAUAACAAUACGUGAUACUGAUAACAGAACGUGGCACUAAUAAAGCGCUUGGGACUAAUAAAAGAACGGGACCUUGAUAAAAAGACAUAGCACUGAAACUAAACAGUGGCAUCGAUACUAAAUCGUGACAUUUGAUUUAAAACGUGACAUUUACAGCAGACUUAAAAUAGUACCACGUGACAAAGAGCGGCACAUCCAAAUAAGCAAUGUGCAAUGAGGGCUCCCCAUGGCAUAUGGCGGCACAUCCAAAUAAGCAAUGUGCAAUGAGGGCUCCCCAGGACAUAUGGCGGCACAUCCAAAUAAGCAAUGUGCAAUGAGGGCUCCCCAGGACAUAUGGCGGCACAUCCAAAUAAGCAAUGUGCAAUGGGGGCUCCCCAUGACAUAUGGCGACACAUCCGAUAAGCAAUGUGCAAUGAGGGCUCCCCAAUGACAAAUGGCUGCACAUCCAAUAAGCAACGUGCAAUGAGGGCUCCCCAUGACAAAUGGCGGCACAUCCGAUAAGCAAUGUGCAAUGAGGGCUCCCCAUGACAAAUGGCGGCACAUCCAAUAAGCAAUGUGCAAUGAGGGCUCCCCAUGACAAAUGGCGGCACAUCCAAUAAGCAAUGUGCAAUGAGGGCUCCCCAUGACAAAUGGCGGCACAUCCAAUAAACAAUGUGCAAUGAGGGCUCCCCAUGACAAAUGGCGGCACAUCCAAUAAGCAAUGUGCAAUGAGGGCUCCCCAUGACAAAUGGCGGCACAUCCAAUAAGCAAUGUGCAAUGAGGGCUUCCCAUGACAAAUGGCGGCACAUCCAAUAAGCAAUGUGCAAUGAGGGCUCCCCAAUGACAAAUGGCGGCACAUCCAAUAAGCAAUGUGCAAUGAGGGCUUCCCAUGACAAAUGGCGGCACAUCCAAUAAGCAAUGUGCAAUGAGGGCUCCCCAUGACAAAUGGCGACACAUCCAAUAAGCAACGUGCAAUGAGGGCUUCCCAUUACAAAUGGCGGCACAUCCAAUAAGCAAUGUGCAAUGAGGGCUCCCCAAUGACAAAUGGCGGCACAUCCAAUAAGGAAUGUGCAAUGAGGGCUCCCCAUGACAAAUGGCAACACAUCCAAUAAGCAAUGUGCAAUGAGGGCUCCCCAUGACAAAUGGCAACACAUCCAAUAAGCAAUGUGCAAUGAGGGCUCCCCAUGACAAAUGGCGGCAUACCAAGUUAGUAGCGUGCAAUGUUAGAUGAUUUAGGUAUCAUCGUUUUCCCCUAAAACAAAGUAUAGCCCCCGAGUUAGAGCCCGUUGUCCUUCACCCGCUCCAACGGCCCAUUCAUUAAACCUGAUUAAGCCUUGUGGAACUGCUGGAUGUGUGUUGAAGGAAGAGUGGUUAAUAAUCGAAUGAACCGUGGUUCCGCUUCAGUUCACGUCACAAGAAAUUGAUCUAACUUCCAUUGUUCCAGCAUUUGUUCCGGUAGGUUUGUCCGUUUUUUUUAUUUUGGUAAAACAUGAAGGGAGAACAACCCUUACAUAAAAGCGACAUUAGUUUGACACGAGUGGUCUUCCGGCAAUGAUCAUUGUGAAUGUUACAAGUGGAGCGAGUCGAGCAUCCACAGUUUCUUUGGAAUUUUUUUAGGCUAAACAAAAAAAUGAAUCAAUUAUUAAUUCAAAAAUCAAUUUUCAAACUGGUGAUAAUGUGUAUUGGUUUUUUUGUUUUUUUUUUAAACUUUGCAUUAUUGGUAGUUUGGUUAACACUAUUGAUAUUCUAGUUGACACUAUUGAUAGUCUGGAUGACACUAUUGAUAGUCUGAAUCACACUAUUGAUAGUCUCGUUGACAUCACUGAUAGUCUCUUUGACACUAUUGACUGUCUGGUUGACACUAUUGAUGGUCUUGUUGACCCUUUUGAUAGUCUUGUUUACACUAUUGAUAGCCUCGUUCAGUAGACCAUAUGUCUAAACAUAGUGGAAAACAUAAUUUUGAUAUUGAUUUCAGCAUGGCUUCUUCUAUAAAAUUACAUAUUGACUGGAGGAGGAGCUACGAUAAUGUUUGACACACCUGUGUUCUUAUGCCAUUGAGAAAUAUCAGUGGAUUCAUGACUAAUAGUUUGCAGUUAGUCGUUGAUAGGGCGAUGGAUUAAUCCUAUUCAGAUGGGUUGCGGGUAUUAAUGCCGCCUUGGGGGUCCUCAAGCUUUAUGGCGCCACCUUCGAUGAAAAUAAACUUGCUUUUUUGGCGGAAAAUGCUAAACACUGAAUAUAAUGGGCAAGGUACACCAUGGGACGAAUGCCCCCUCUUCAGCCCCCACACCCCCCUCCUUACUAGGCCGUUGAUGGUAUUUCCUGUUUAAGGUAGCAACUAGAUGAAAGUAUUAAAAGAUUGUUUCGGUUUUAAUUGGGCAAUGCACAGUAAGAAAUGUAAGCAGAUGUUUACAACAGAUUCCUAGGGUCUGUAUACAGAUUCACUUGUAGUCAAUUUGACAUCAUGGUUUUAAUACCUAGUUUUUGAAUGUCUAGUAAGACUACAAUUGCUUACUAUAAAUUUUGGAUUACCGGAAGAUCCUGCGUGCUCAAAAUGGGGUAAGAUAUUUUGUGUCUCUGGUCUAUUUUACUCUACUUAAUAGGCAAGGUGACAGUGCAAAUCUGACAUGAUUUUAACAUGUUUUCAAUUUUAUUAGCAAUUUAACGUUUAUAUAAUGACAACAUGUUUAAUAUCCUAAAAACCAUUUAAUGUAUCCUCCAAAACGCUCAGAAACACCACUGUAAUUGAUGUCUUGAGGUGUGCCACGAUUGUAUACACAUACAAGAUGUGCCUUCUUAAAUAAAGUUAGCCCCAUUGUUACUGACAUAUACGACUGCCCCAUUGUUACUUACGUAUAUGACUGCCUAGUUGCUACUUAAAUAUAUAAUUGACCCAUUGUUUAGUACAUGUAAUACUUCCCCAUUGUUACGUACAUAUGUGACUGCAUCUUUGUUACUUACAUAUAUGACUGCCCAAUUGUUACGUACACACAUGACUGCAUCUUUGUUACUCACAUAUAUGACUCCCCAUUGUUACUUACAUACAUGACAGCAACAUUGUUACCUACAUAUAUGUCUUCCUCAUUGUUACUUACAUAUAUAACUGACCAAAUGAUAAAUACAUAUAUGACUGCCAUAUUGCUACUUACAUAUAUUACUUCCCACUGUUACUUACAUACAUGACUUCCUCAUUCCUCAUUCUUACCUACACAUAUGACUGUCACAUUGUUACUUAAAUAUAUAACUGAUCUAUUGUUAAGUACAUACAUGACUGCCUCAUAGUUAUUUAAAUAUAUGAAUGCCCCAUUGUUACUUACACACAUGACUGCCUCAUUGCAACUUACACAUAUAACUGACCCGUUUGUUAAGUACAUAGAUGAAUGCCCCAUUGUUACUUAAAUACAUUACUGCCCCAUUGUUGCUUACAUAUAUAAUUACAUAAUUGUUACUUACAUAUGUGACUACACCAUUGCUACAUAAAUAUGUCUGCCAAAUUCUUACUUACAUAUAUAUCUGCCCAAUUGUUACUUACAUAUUUGACUGCCCAUUAUUAAUUACAUACAUGGCUUCCCCCAUUUUUACCUACAUAUUUGACUGCCCAAAUGUUAGUUUUAUAUAUGACUGCCUCAUUGUUACGUACAUAUAUAACUGAUCCAUUUUAGUACAUACAAUACUGUCCCAUUGUUACUUAAAUAUAUUACUGUCCCAUUGUUACUUACAUAUAUGUCUGUCACAUUGUUACUUGCAUAUAUAUGACUGCCCCAUUAUUGCUUACAUAUAUGACUGCGUCAUUGUUGCUUUUUCUAAGAUAACAAUAAAAGUACCAUAUCAUUCCUAUCAAGCUAGUCAUCUACAAAACAGAAGCAUGUUUUAGAACCGCGUGGGGACAAUCUUACGUCUACAACAAUCACAUUUGUUAUCUUUUUCUGUUUACUCGCGUCUAUGAAACCCAGGUCGAGCGGCUAUGGAAAUGAUAGCAUGAGACGUUAUGGUGUUAUCAGACAAAACAUUAAUUUUGAAGCAUGCGGUCAUUACAAAGGUUUUAACGGAUUAACAAGAACCGAGCCAGGGAAUAAGCCUGCAAUCAUAUCCGAAGACAACUAGGUGUUAAAUUAUGUGGGUCUUUUUUUUUCAAAUUGAAAUUGGUAUUGAAAUAAUAUGUGAAACAUUUAACUCCAUCUUUAUGCUUAUUUACAUUGGAAAACCAUACGAGAGUGACGUUAUUUGCCCAAGCCAAACAUAUGGACUGUAAAGUUGGAUCUGGCAUGAUAGUAAAUCUGGACGUCUCAUCUUACAAUGGGCGAUAGAGAAGAAGUUGGGAUGUUGUGUGUCAGAGGAGUUUCUAACCUUGAAAUAGACAACUUUAACAGAUGCACUCAACCAAACAAAUACCAAACUCUUCGAUCCAUCCACAUUUUACAUAAUCGAAAAUAGAUAAGGAUGCGGGUAGUUGCCCACUUGCAGUUUACCCCAUCUUUAACAUGUUUGUUUCUAUGUACACUAAUUUGUUUGUUUCUAUGUACACUAAUUUCCAUCUUGUGUUGUGGGGCCUAUUUUUGUUGUUGUUUUUUAUUUUUUUAUUUUUUUUUGUUUGUUUGUGUUUACACACGUGACGUUGCAAGGUGAAGUCUUUCUUGUGCAGUGUUCACCCGGUGAACGGCUGGAAAACUGGGUCGACGGAGGCGAGUUCAUGCUCUGACAUGAUCGUGGUUGACCGCGUCUGCUUCGUUGGGUAAAAUGGGGGAGGGUGGGUGAUCUUAGGUCUACAUUUUAGUUGUACGCCUAGGUAAAUAGUUAAAUCACUUAAACCGUGAUGUCGUAAGCAUUAUAAGGUUUAAAAAGUAAAUAAUUCUACUUUAGUCGAUAAUUUAAAGAUUACAAUUUUAAUACUAACAUUUAGAAAGUAAGGAAAAACAAAUAUAAACUUUUUAAAAAAAAACUUUUCUAUCAAAGACGAGUUAAAACGCUACAAAAAUGUGAAAAUAACUUAUUUUCUUUUUAGAUUUCAGUGCGCAAAAAUAGGCAGUACAGAAAGAAUUUUGUAAUGUUUUUAUAAGAACUAAAAUAUAUUUAAAUUUUGUCUACAUUCAAUUUUAAACCUUAGUUUUCACCAAGCGCUCAUCUACACCUCUUUACAGUAUUUCUGUAUUUAGAUUUAGAUUACGUAGAUAAUAUGAGACUAAAUGGAUUCGUAAGGAACUAAGUGUAUUGGGAGGUUGAACCAGUGCCUAUACCCCAAACUGUGUUUGAAAUGUUGUUGUGCCAAUAGCCAUAGGUUUAAAUCAAUAAAUCGAAGUCUUAAGUAGAUAUUGGUCAAUUAACACUGUAUUGACCGUAAAUUUGUACAGUUUAUGGGGGGGGAGGGGGCUGUGAACGUGGCAAUCAUUUAACUCAAUAUGAAUUCAGCAUAUCUGUGUUUGUCUAUAGCUUAAUUGGCAAAUGAUUGACCAGAUUUACGUACCGUCAUGGUUUUGAAAAACUUAUCUGUGUCAAGAUGUUUGCUCCUAUAAUAAACAAUACGUAAGGCCUGAGAAAAAGAGUAAACUAAGAAAGCGAUACUAACCAUUGUCAAUUUAGUUAUGCAAAGAACAUUCCAUAAAAUUACAAAGUACAUUACAAAAGCAAAAAAAAAAUAUAUAUGAAAAAACUUACAUCAUCUUACAGCAGGUGAAAACAGUUACACCUCAAAAAUACAGAUAUUAAUUUAUGCAAGCUAUAUAACGUCUCAAGAAAUGUUAAGAAUAAUAGCAAAAGUCUCUUCUUUGAUCUAUCUUGCUCUGUCGCUGGCAGCCUAUUUAUAGGAACCAAACCAGCACGAUCUAGUAAACAAAUUCCAGACAUUGCGUCACCUGAUUGUUUUCUUUAGAACAAUGGAACGCAUUCACAUGUAAACAACAUUUCCCCGGCCAAUAAAGGGGUGGGCAACGAAGGAGGGACACAGCACAUUUACUCGGUGAUGUCAAUAUCAAGUUCAUACAAGAAGAGGAGAGAGAGAGAAUUGGUGGUGGCUAAAAAUAGCUCUUCAUUGAUGCAGAAAAAAAUUGGCCUUGACAUAAUAUCACACCGCUCAUUUACUUAAAACCUUAACGCCGUACACCAUCAAAGGAUGCUUCGUGGAAAAGAAUCGCAUUAUUAAGACAAUAUUUAAAUGUAUUUAUGGACAACAUUUUAAUAACAGUGAGGAACUGCGUUAACAGCUGUUAUUUCAUUGACAAAAACGAAUUUACAUAAAAUUAUAUUUUGCACACAAAAAAUGACUGCUUUUAAAUAUAGGUAGACUUCUCUAGACAACUAUUGCAUGUUUAGUUUCAGGCGCAUACUCUGAUUUACUGGUCAUUUCUGCCAUAUCUUUAAACUCUAAUAUCCUUACUGAUUCCCCCCUCUGACCGAUAAACGAUGCUGCCGGCUGCCGACCAUUGCUUGACAUGUCAAUAGUUCUUGGCUGUGUGGAGUGAAUAUGCAUUUGUUUUGUUGUAUUUAAUUAAUGGAUGUUAAUUUUUAAGUCAAUGAUUAUGUUUCUUAUAUUGUAUGUACAGCGUGGUGAGCCCAGCCAUAGGCUGGGGUAUCGUGCUAUAUAAAACCACCUCUAAUAAUAAUAAUAAUAAUAAUAAUUUCAUUUAUAAAUUUAAAGCAUAAUGUCACCAGGUACCUGUUGUAUAGAAUAUACCUUAUUUCUUUUCAACCAAUUAAAAAACCACUUUCAUGUUAUUCUGUUAAGUUGCCAACAGUUGAGACAGCGCUUCCAAAUACAUUGAUCGGCAGACACUUUACACGGUCAGUGUCACAAGGUUUAAUGGAAAAUGGUUUUCUUUGCGGGCCUGAUUAUCCAAACUAAAAUAAAUAUUUCGUUAUGAUGAGAAAAAUAGAUAUUUAAAGUGUGAUUGGUUGGACCGCGCUAUUUUGUUAAUGAUUUAUGGACACUUUUAUUUCAUAAAUGGUUGAUAGACUUGAGUAUUUUAGAAAUAAUUGAUGAAGUCUUAUUUUAUAAAUGUUUGAUGGAUUACGUUGAUUUAUGAAUGGAUGUUAUUGAAGGAAUUAAUGAUAUUAAGUGUUAUUGAAUGAAUAAGUGACAGACUGUGUUAUUGCAUGAAUGAAUGAUAGAUCAUAUUAUUGAAAGAAUGAAUGAUAGACAAUGUUAUUGAAAAAACAACAAAUGCUAUAGCAUGUUAUUGAAUGAAUGAGUGAUGGGCCGUUUAACAAAAUCCAAAUCCUUUUUACAAUUUCAUAUUUUGGUGAUAGUGUUAUAACCUGUGUGAUAUUCCAAGCAUAUGUAUUACUCUAAGCCUUCAUGAUACUCUAAGCCUACAUGAUACUCUUAGCAUGUGUGUUACUCUAAUCCUGCAUGAUACUGUAAGCAUAUGUGUUACUCUAAGCAUGCAUGAUACUCUAAGCCUGUGCGAUACUCUAAGCAUGCAUGCUACUCUAGCCUGUGUAGACACAAGACUUUGACGGAUAGAAAGUUUCAAAUUUGAGUCACGGAAACCAUUCUAGGACACAAUAUGAUUACCGAUAUGAAUGUACACAUUUUCAUUGCUGUAAAAACCUUGUAAUAACAUUGAUGUAAUCACAGGCUAAUACAUUUGAUUAUAAAAUCAUGUGCCUGUAAAAGUGGCUAAUACUUCAUUUAAGAAAGAUUGAUGAAGAAAGGUGUUAGGAGUCUAUUAAGUCAAUGAAGUGGUGUGGAUUAAUAAUUUUUUUAGGUAGUAAAAAUUUUUUUUUCAUGUAACGAAACGAAUGUUUUUCACAUUAAAAUAUCAUUUACAUUUUUAGAAAAUUGCAAAAAAAAAGAAUAAUCGUGUAUUCGCAACCUUCAUAAAGUACACGGACUCAGAACUUUAUAGGCCAACACAUCGACAUUUUAAAGAGUAGCCUAGACAGGUCACUGCAACCUUGAAUAAGAGUAGCCCUAGACAGGUCACUGCAACCCUGUAUAAGAGUAGCCCUGGCAGGUCACUACAACCCUGAAUAAGAGUAGCCUAGACAGGUCACUACAACCCUGUAUAAGAGUAGCCCUGGCAGGUCACUACAACCCUGUAUAAGAGUAGCCCUAGCAGGUCACUACAACCCUGUAUAAGAGUAGCCCUAGCAGGUAACUGCAACCCUGUAUAAGAGUAGCCCUGGCAGGUCACUGCAACCCUGUAUAAAAAUAGCCCUGGCAGGUCACUACAACCCUGUAUAAGAGUAGCCCUGGCAGGUCACUGCAACCCUGUAUAAAAAUAGCCCUGGCAGGUCACUACAACCCUGUAUAAGAGUAGCCCUGGCAGGUCACUGCAAACAUGUACAAGAAUAGUCCGGGCAGGUAACGCCUACCCCGUAUAAGAGUAGCCCAGAUAGGUCACGGCAACCUUGUUGUAAGAGUAGCCCAGAUAGGUCAUGGCAACCUUGUUGUAAGAGCAGCCCAGAUAGGUCACGACAACCCUGGAUCAAUAGCACGUCACGAAAUCCAGAAUCCAUGUGCCUGACGGUAUUAUUGAUGCGGAUGGCGCGAUCAUUAGAAUCCACUUCAUUUUCAUUAUACCAGUUAUUACCCACAUGAUUUGAUAGACGCCAAACGCCUACACUGCGUUGGAUGAGCUGGUUCAAUUAGUGUAAAGUUAAUUAAUAAAUGUACCUAAUAGUAAUUAUUAUUUUUUAGGCUAAAAAAAUAUUGUCCAAUUAAAACAUAACGUGAUUUUUUUUUGUUUACAGAUGUACUUAGAAUUUUUUCUUGAAGAAGUACAGGUUUCGGAGGAUGAAAAAAAAACAUAAUUAUUAUAUAACGCGGUGAUCUAUGAUAAAUAUAAAUACACAGGGAGCUGCGAAGUGCAACGGUAAAAGUGGACAAUCACCUCGGGCGUCAAUAUCUGAGGGGCGCCAUUAUCAUCUUUAGACAUACCAAUAAAAUUGAAUGAAACGCUAAAGCGUCAUGCAUUUAAAAAAGACCACGGGCGCUAAAAUCGUCUUUUUCAUUUUUCCGCCCCGGAUGGCAUGGUUUUCUAAAUAUUUUGACAACGUGAAAGAAAAAAAAUAUAUUUUAGACUUUAAAAGACUCGGAGUAUAACUCUAUUAUGCCAUAAAAUACUACGAUAUAUCUAUUACUAUCUACUUCUAAGGAACUAUAAUUAUCUACUAUUAAGCAAAUAUUUCUAUUGUCAGUUAUUGAAGAUCUAAAAAAAAUGGCAUAAUUGAACAUAUUGCCUUUAUUUCCACCCAGGUAGAUCAAAAUAUGACGAGAACGUAUAUUUUUUAAGUUCUCACCCUAAAACCCCAGACACCGCAAUGUGUGUGGUAUUUUUUAUGUAUACUGAAAUCGUACAACCGUGUGGCUAUAGUAACUAUAAAUAGAACUUCUUCUGUUUAUAUUUCCUUGUUAUGGAUUAAAUGUAGCGUGGUGAACGUGUUAAGAUUAUUAUUUACGGUCCACUAAAAGGGUCUCCAAAUCGAUAUGUCUACGCAAAUCAAUAACCGAUCGAUGAAAGCGGGCAAUCGGGUGCAUAUGUUAUUGAACUUCUGAUUUUAGUUUUGAGCUUAUGAGCAUUAUAUGAUUGAUGAAAAAUGAGUUUUUCUUAAUCUACCAAGAUAAGAGAUGAUAGAUGUACUGCAGUCAACAACGGGAAAUCUCUAAAUGUUUUUUUUUUACGAGCUCUGUUACUUGUCAUACUUCUUUUUGGCUUGUUUGCUGACGAAGGCUGUAAGCCAAAACGUCCAAACCUUUUGUCCAGUCUAUGAAUUCAAGUUUAGCAAACCUUGUUCUUAAAUGGCAUUCUUAAUCUACGACAGUGGGGAAUGCAUGUUGUGCCUCAAUUUACCAUUGUGGGAAUGUUAAUCGUUUAACUCCAAUUUAAGCUCUUAAGAUUCUCUCCACUACAUCACCCCCUUAAUAAAAUGCUGAAUAUAGUUAUCCGGUCAUACAGUGACUAUCUUCAAUAUUAGAUGAUGCUUUAACUUUUGUCUGAUUUCUUUUACAGGCCCGGGUCCUAACCGCUACCUCCUGCCCCCCACCAUAGGGAUGGCAAAUCAUGACCCGACACGACCCAAGGCGCCAGGGUAUUCAUUUGGAACACGAUACAGUUGUAAGUAGGUCAUUUGGCACACGAUAAAGUUGUAAGUAUGUCAUUUCGUACAAGAUACAGUUGUCAGUAGGUCAAUCGGUACAAGAUACAGUUUUAAGUAGGUCAAUUAGUACAAAGUACAUUUGUAAUUAGGUUAAUUAAUACAAGGCAUAGUUGUAAGUGGGUUAAUUAAUACAAGGCACAGUUGUAAGUAGGUUAAUUAAUACAAGGCACAGUGGAACUUAAUGUAAAAUUGUUAGGUGGAUUCUGUUGGAAGUACUGGGUAAUUGGUACAAGAUAACGAUUUAAAUAUAGAGUAAUUGUUACACGAUAUAGUUACACGUAUAUUGCAAUUGGUACAAGAUAUUGUUGCGUUGAUGGGGAUAUGGGUACAAGUACAAGAUAUCUCAUUUACUCAGUGUGUACAGGAACAAAGCCAGUAAUUUCAAAUGAUGAUAACUGACAGUGGACUAAGUAACUAUUGCAAUAACCUUUACUUUCAAACAUUGUUAAAAGGUUUCUUAAGCUGUUUCCAUGUCUAACAUGACAAUUUCAGAAAUUGAGAGAAAAGUAGUUUCGUUAUAUACAAAUGAUGAAGGUAAUUGUUGCUUUAUUUUAUAAAUUAUUCGAAGAUGUUCAAUGUAUGCCUCAUUAUGAAGUGCACAAUUCAUAUGUAUUUAUAGUUGUCUGAAAAGCAUUCCACUCUUUGUAACAGACUCAUACGCUCAUGGGCCAGGUCCUUACUUUUUAGAGAGAGGAAUCUACAACAACGGCAAAGACAACAACGCAGGAUUCUCCAUGUAUGGACGGCCAAAGAAAUCAAUAUGGGGUAGGAUAUUUGGUUUGAAUCUCAGCAGUGGGUGGGGCGCAUUCCGUUCUCUUCGCGUGACGAGUUCUCGUCAUUGGGGAGCAACUCUAUGAUAUUUCAUACCUGUUUACUCCCUGGUUAGCAUCAGAGUUAUUUUCAACUCUCAAAAACGUAUUGUUAAGCACCAAAGAGUAGUUUAGUACAUUGGCCGAGGAAGGGUGGGGGGGGCGGGGGGGCGGGUGUGUUUACAAUCAAAAUACAAGAUGAGUCAGUCAAUCCACUCAGCUGCCUAGCUGCUGAUGUAAGUUAACAUAAAGAAAUAUAAAAGUUAUGAUUCUCCCGUUUGGUGAAGCAUUUCUGUCUUAUUCAUUGUUUGCUUACGGUGUUAACCCACAAAAGCGCGGUAACAUUUUACGGGAAAAACCUCAAUUAUGUAUUGGCUUAAAAUAUUAGUCAACUAACGACAGUGGUUCGAUAUAAGAAAUAUGGAAAGGGUAAAAUGAAACGGCAAAAAAUGACAACAACAAAAAAAAAGUGGACGUUUCGGUCAAAAUGCCGUGGACACCAAAGACACACAGAGACAAAACAACAAGAGUGUGUGUCUCUGCGUGUGCCUGUGUGCGUGUGUGUCUGUGUGCGUCUCCGUGUGUGUCUAUGCGUGUGUCUCCGUGUUUCUUGGAUGUUCGAAGGCUUUUGGUCGAAACGUCCGCUUGUGUGUGUGUUGUCCAUUUCCAGGUAUUCUUCUGCCCCUAGGGUAGUUCUUAUUGCCUCAACCUAGACGCAGUCACCUCGGAUAUUUUCAUUUCGUUAAACGUUGGAGCAAACCUGCACAUCUCAAAAUGUAAGGCGGGCCGUAAUACUUUAUGAAAAACGUGUGCGUGCCAAAGGAAAAAUGACAGUAGGAAAGCUAUUAUGAAAAUAAUAAAAUUAUAGAAUAUUUGGUUACCCUCGCGGGCCGCAAUGUGGGUAUUGGAGGGCCGUAUGUUGUGCAGGCCUGCGUUGGAGGAUUAAAAUCUUAUAACUAAUUUAACAGCAGAAAUGUUCAAUCUUUUUUUUUUUUUUUUUGAAGGUCUUUAUUUAAUGAUUUAGUGGUCAAUUAAAUCUGUUUUGAAAAACACAUCAAUUUUCUGAAUUCUUGCAUCAAGUUCUGUGGCAUAAAAAUACAAUAAACAAAAUGGAUAAUUAUUGUAAUUCCUCGUUUGGUUGAUUUUUAAAUGUUACCAAUGGUUAUUAAAACAUUUUUUUUUUAAAUACAAAAAGUAGGUAGGUCAUAUUCUGCCCGUCAAAACGUUCUUCUUCUCAUUCGUCUCACGGUUUGUUUCUAUUAAGUUAAAUCCUGCGUGUUUUCAAUGCAAUGAAAAUUAAAUUUUCAUAGUCGAUCGAGAGACGACGCAAACGUCCCAGUACGCAGGACAGUGGCGUAGCUAGAGUUGGUGUCACCCGGUGCGGUAAACUCGUGGUGUCACCCCCUCCCCCGACUUCCAAAAUGGAUUUGUUAUUGUUAAAAUAACAGUAUAAUAAUGACACAAAUUUAAAAAAAAAAUAAUUAAAGGUCAGGAGGUAAAUGUAUUUAAUAACUGUGUUUAAGUAUUUAAAGGAGCCAGAAUUAUCAAUAUAUUGAUCAUUGAUCGUGGGCCCUCAAAGUAUAGAAGAAGAAGAAGAAGUAACAACGUUAAGUUAUAGUUAUUUUUACAUUAAAUUUACUUUAUUAAAAAAAAUGUUUUCUGAUCUUCAUAGUUGCAAAUGUGUCAGUCACUUGAACAAAUUCAGUAUCCUUCACUGCGUCUCUUUCAACUAAUAGUAGAGCCAGAUCAGAAACCCUUGACUAUCCCAUGGUGGAUCGUAAAUAGUUCUUGAUAAGCCUUACUUUUUAAAAGCUCAGCUCAUAUGAAGCCACAGACACACAGACCGUAAGAAACAAUUUAAGGCUUAGCAGGAGCAUAGGAAGAGAUAUUUGGUGUCACCCCGUGCGAAGGUGUCACCCAAUGUGGUCUGUAUCCCCUGGCUGCGUCACUUGUUAACUCUAUGAAUGAGUAAAAAGUCAUUUUAAACGGUGUUUUUCUUACCAAAUUAUAGGGUCACCUCAUUUCUGACGCAUCAAAAUAUAACUUUUAUGAAAAUCGGUCGUACCGAGCAGUGUGUGCUCUGUAAAUAUGCAAUUUUUCAAUUGGGUGUCACCCCCUGACAUGGUGACACCCGGUGCGGUCCGCACCCCGCGCACCCCCAUAGCUACGCCACUGACGCAGAACACGACUCCAGAUAUUGUUGUCAAGUUGAUGUGUCAAAAACUUCGUGCAAUGUUUCAAUCGCCAUGACAGCGUGUGCCAAAUUAUAUUACUUUCGAAAAAGUAAAAUAAACACACAGUAAGCUUAAAAUGACUAUCGUACUGAGCUGAACAUGGCCACUGUAGUGUAAUAUAAUGGCAAACAUAAUUGGCUCACAAUAACCAUUGUAGUGGACUCAAACAGGCCAUUGUUGUGGGCUUAAAAUAGCCAGCGUAGCGGGCUUAAACAGGUCAUUGUAGUUGGCUUAAAACGAGCAUCGUAGUAGGCUCAGUGGCCUUUCGCUUUUAAAAUAAAUAUAUAUUCAUCCUGUUACUGUUAACUUAGCCUUCGUAGUUCGAAUUUGAGUAUUAUAAAAUCACCAAGAGUCAUGCUUCUAAAGGGAUGCUAUCAACUUUAAAGAACACAAUCUUUACCUUGAUGGAAAGAUUUUCCAACGACACUUCUUAAUUUAAAAUAUUUACAUUUAAAAAUGUCAAGAGCAUUCAUAGGAAGGAUAUUUUAAACACGUUAUUUUCAUUUGUCAACAUGACACUUGACUUAGUGAUGACAUCCUGACACUUGACUUAAUGAUUGCGACCCGACACUUAACAAGUUAUGAUAACCUGUCUCGUGACUAUGUGAUGGAAAAUUGACACUUGACUUAGUGAUGACAACGUGACACUUGACUUAGUGAUGAAAACCUGACACUUGACUUAGUGAUGAAAAUCUGACACUAGACUUAGUGAUGACAGCCUGGCAAAUUACUUAUGGAUGAAAUUCUGAAACUUGACUUAGUAAUGACAACAUGAAACUUGACUUAGUGAUGACAAUCUGACACUUGACUUAGUGAUGACAACCUGACACUUGACUUAGUGAUGACAGCCUGGCAAAUUACUUAGGGAUGAAAUCCUGAAACUUGACUUAGUAAUGAAAACAUGAAACUUGAUUUAGUGAUGACAAUCUGACACUUGACUCAGUGAUGACAACCUGACAUUUGACUUAGUGAUGACAACAUGGCACUUGACUUAAUUAUGAUAACCUGACUCUUGGAUUCGACAAUUGACUUUGAAAUCAUAAGCAGCAGGAAAUAAACUUUAAAAAUAAUCUAAGGGUAACCGUACGACGCACAGCAGUAGUGGCAGUUUUAGACGUGCCUUCAUAAGAGAGACAGUCUAAUGCGUGGCUUAUUUACACAACAGUAGUGGCAGUUUUAGACGUGCCUUCAUAAGAGAGACAGUCUAAUGCGUGGCUUAUUUACACAACAGUAUUGGCAGUUUUAGACGUGCCUUCAUUACAGAGACAGUCUAAUGCGUGGCUUAUUUACACAGCAGUAGUGGCCGUUUUAGACGUGCCUUCAUAAGAGAGACAGUCUAAUGCGUGGCUUAUUUACACUGCAGUAGUGGCAGUUUUAGACGUGCCUUCAUAAGAGAGACAGUCUAAUGCGUGGCUUAUUUACACAGCUGUAGUGGCCGUUUUAGACGUGCCUUCAUAAGAGAGACAGUCUAAUGCGUGGCUUAUUUACGCAAUGAGAAUUUUGUUUUUCUAAAUAAAAGGGAGGCCCGUUAGGGUGCAUCGAAGACGCAAUCGACAGAUGACGUCAUGUAUAUUAUAUUUGUAAGCGCGUCAUUGCCAUCGAGUAUAUGUUUCUAGGUCUAACAAAAAGGGAGGGGGGGGGGGUGAAUCAAUAAAAAUAAACAUUUGACAUUUGAAGUUGAUGUACCUUUCCCUUCAAUUUAAGUUUUCGGUAGUGAAAUUAUUUCUUAACGGGCCAAAGUAAUUUUCAUAAUAUUGUUGUUUUUAAAUACUAAGACAUUGGUUGUUUUUUGUUUUUUUUACUUCAGAUCUAUCCCUUAACUUAUCUUAAACAGGUGAUGACAGUGUUAGGUUCGCGAUAAAGCUUUAAAGUAGAUUAAUUAGACGCAAACAGUUUGUGUAAAACAAUAUAUGUUCAGCUUUAAUGAUGAUUAUAAUGAAUACAAAUAUAGACAUUUCGGAAAAUGCCUUCAUCGGUACACACAAAAAUGGCAAACCAAAAAAAAAAACAACAACAACAACGAAAUAAACCUAGAAAACAAUUGAACAUGUGACUUCGACAUUCAAUGGUAUAAUUCAGUACGAUCUUCUAGUUCUGCUUUCAUUAAGACUGUUUUCAUUAAAAAUUCCUUCUCGUGGACCACCGUACAAUCUAUGUUACAAUCUGACCAGAACUGACAUCAGGGAGUUCACCAGGACCAGUGUACGCCGUCAACACGAGCGUCACCGACAAGGGGACGCCAAGCUACAGUUUUGGAACGCCUUACAAACAUCACUACAACACCGCGGGCCCAGGCCCCAACACGUACAAUGUCCUGAAGCCGUGGGGGUCAGAGAGCAAGGGGCCCCUCAUUGGAGGCAGGAGUAACGACUCGAAGGUAAAUUUUUUUCUCAAAUUAUUUGUGUAGAUAAGUGAAAUAGAAAACUGUUUGACAUUCAAUGAAAAUGUUUGAUUUUAUUCGUACCUUUUUUUUUGGAUGAUGUUUUGCGCUGACUUAGGAAUGUUUUACUUAUAGUAACCUAACGAGUUGACAAAUUGAAAAAAAUAAUGGAAUUUUAUAAGAUAAGUUAUAAUAAUACGCAUAUAUUUAUCCCAAAUAAACAGUAAUUUGUUUUCAUUAGACUUGAUAUAUUAUUUUCAGUCUUGAAAUUCGUUUUUUUUAAACAUUAUUUUGUACCGAAUGGGAAUGUAGCAAGGCGUUAGGUGAAUUAUUAUGUGAUCAGAAACACUAUGAGGUGUCAAGGGUGUUUGAUUGGACGUUGGCAAGGUCUACAACUAUGAGGUGUCAAGGGUGUUUGAUUGUACGUUGGCAAGGUCUACAACUAUGAGGUGUCAAGGGUGUUUGAUUGGACGUUGGCAAUGUCUACUGUAUCUGGGCUUUUUUCUUUGGGGUAAUAAGGGGAGAGGCUGCCGUCAGGUUAGCGCAAUAUAAAAUGAGUAAAACAGAGUAGAGUUCAACCUGAAAAAAAGGAACGCAUUAAAAAAAAAAAAACGAACAUGUCGGCAGAAAGCCUUCGUCAGUGAACAAAACAACCGAAAAAACGUUAAAAAAAUAAAAAUAAGAAAUAGUACUUAGUUGUCCACGGAUAAUACUUCUAAGCUAAGUGUUAUUUCUUAUUUUUAUUUUUAUACCGUUUUUUCUGUUGUUUUGUUCGCUGAUGAAGGCUUUCUGCCGACACCUUCGUUGUUUUGUUGCGUUCAUUUUUCAGGUUUAACCCUACUCUUUUUUUAUUUUCCUGGCGUUAAAUUCAUAGUGGUAUAGUAAUAAUCUGUUGAGCCACCUUGCCGCUGGCCAUCGACUAUUAAUCCAUCAUGUCAGCUUUCUCUUCUUUUUCUUUUACAGAGUUUCUCUUACGACUUCGCUAACACACCAGGUCCGGCAAAGUACGGUUACAUGGGAGGGGAGCAUGGUCCCUCCUACUCCAUCGGUCAGAGGACCAAACUCCCCGGCAACAAGCUGAUCACACCUGGUCCCAACACCUACCUGCCUCCGCUUAAUGGCAACACCCCGAGGUCACCCAGAUUCACCUUUGGAAUCCGUUACCAUGAGGAUGUGCGCACACUCCCGGAUGUCGAGGAUUAAUCA